AUGAACUACCAAGCGAGAAACUGUCGCAUUCUGACCACAUUUCCAACCGAAGGACUUGGGUCGCCUCUCGUCACCAGCACCAUUUGCAACUCCCCCGUCCGGUACGAGUCCGGGAGGCUGCCGGCGUCGACCCAGCUCAACCGGUGGUUUUGCUGCCACUGCGCAGAUGGCGGCUAUGAGGACCCCGUGGGCAUGGUGCACUGCGACGGGCCCGGCGACCCGUUCGGCGAGUGCUGGAAGCCCAGCUGCCGCCACCUCAAGUGCGCAAACUGCGCCCUGGGACCCACGCAUAGCAAGGCCGACAUCGUCCGCACCGUCGGCGGCCUGCACGCCUCGGCCGCCUUCAUCGACCCCGUGUUCUGGGAGUGCGGCCAGUGCGGCGAGUGGGCCCGCAACGCCUUCCACGCGAGGUGCGCCCUCAGCGGCAUCGGCAUCGCCGCCACGCCCUGCGCCAACACUACCUGCUUCCUGCAGUGGCAGGGCGGCCAGCACGCCGUGCUGGCCGCGGAUAGCGUCGUCAUGAACGCCCACGGCGAGCGCCUCGGCACCGCCGACCAGAGCGUCGCGGCCGCCGGCGGCCCGUGGCACUGGCAGCGGCGCGCCCUGGCAGACCCCGACUGCGCUCUGCUUCGGAACCUCCGGCACGCUGAUCGCCGCUCGACGGCCAGCAUGCGCACGCGCGAUGGGCCGCGCGUCUGGAGAGACGGCGAGCUCGUGCCGCGCUUCCCGUACCGCCCGCCGCCGCCGCCGCCGCCGCCGCAGUCCAACUCUAUCAAGGACGAGGCCGCCGCUGCCGGAUGGCACGAGUAUGAAUGCGCGUACCUCGCGGGAAUACCGCUGCAGCCGAGGGAGGGGCGCCACGACGGCGGUCCCGGCCCCUCUGCAAGCAGCAGAAACCAGGAUUCGGCGAUGAGUCCGGCCCCUCCUCCUCCGAGGUCGUUCUUUUCGGGCUGGAACGAUGUGCAGAUGUGA